UCAGGAAGGAUAAAAGGUUCUUUCCUCUGACAAAGAUUGCUGUCUCCCUGCUCAAAGCUUCUUCUUCUCUCUCUCUCUCUCCUCCACCGGCAAAAAGAGGUUUGUACAAUCUCCUUGAUUUUUGGGAGAAUGGGGUUGAAUUUGGUUGUAACAAACGCGCUUAUUAUUCUUCCAUAAAAUAAGUAAAUAACCACUCUUUCUGAAGCCACCAAUAAAUCCCCUUUUUGGGGUGUUCUUCUCUUCUUGGGUUGGGAAGAGAAACAGGAAAAAGGGUUGUCAUUUUGCUAUGGCAUAGUCUUCAUACAUGGAGGUGGAGAAUAUCGGUAUCCCAGUGAUCCUACAAGACUUGAAGUUUAUUUGUGACGAUGGCAGAAGGAACUCUAUCUCAGUGAUUCCACAAGAAAAAGAACUCAAUGGCAGUCACAUUAGAAGGCAUUCUAUAGCACUGGUUCCACAGGAAAUGGAGUCCACGCGUGGUGAUAUCAUUAGCAACUCUAUCCCUGUGAUCCAACAGGAAAUUGAGCCAAAUGGUGAUGAAAUCGGGAGGAACUCUAUUCCAGUGAUCCCACAGGAAAUCCAGUCGGAUGGUGAUGAUUUCAGAAGGGCCUUUAUUUUCCCACAGAAGGUGGAGUCUAAUGCUGAUGAGUCCGAUGAUGUUAGCACUAACUCAAUCCCAGUGAUCCCACAGGAGGUGGAGUCUAAUGCUGAUGAGUCCGAUGAUGUUAGCACUAACUCAAUCCCAGUGAUCCCACAGGAGGUGGAGUCUAAUGUUGAUGAGUCCAAUGAUGUUAGCACAAACUCAAUCCCAGUGAUCCCACAGGAAAUGGAGCUUGAAGGUAAUGAUAUAGGAAGGAACUCUAUCCCCGUGACUCCGCAGGAAAUAGAGCUUGAUGGUGAUGAUAUCAGAAGGAGCUCUAUUGGGGAAGUAGAUCCAGUUGAUAUACAAACUAACUCUACAGUAAUCCUACAGAAAAUUGAGUCCAAUGGUGGUGAUGUGAGAAGGAAUUCCAUUGCAGGUAUCCCACAGGAAAUAGAGUCCGAGGAUGGUGACAUCAGAAGGAACUCUAUCAUAGUGAUCCCGGUGGGAAUAGAGGCCAGUGGUGCUGAUGUCAGAAGGAGGUCUAUUGCUAGAAAUAUCCAAUCCCGUUAUCUCAGAGCUUCAAUGGGAUCUUGCCAUGAUUAUUGCAAAUAUGGAAUAAGGGAAGGAUGUGAAGAUGAGAAUUUGGAAAUAUCUCCUAUAGCUGGGAGGAAAAGGAUAUCCACAAUCAACUCUAAGCCUUCUCCAGAUUCUUUUGUCACAAAGAAAAGGGUCAUAUCAGUGACGAAGAAAGGAACUCCUUCUCCUAAAAAAGUUUCUAAGGAAGUUGGUGUUCCUAAGGAAGAGUCCAUUCAUUUGAGGAAAAAGCGUGGGCAAUUUGAGCCAUCUUCUGAGGUGAAAUCCCCAGUCAGUCAUGAGCCUUCUCCGGAUUCAGAAGCCCACAUACUUAACAAGUCUUUUGUCACAGAGAAAAGGGUUGUGUCAGUGACAAAGAAAGGAACUGUUUCUUUGGAAAAAGAGAUUGAUGUUACUAUGGAAGAUUCCAUGGAUUUGGGGGAGGAACCUGAGCAAUUAGAGUCAUAUUCUCUCCCAGGAUCAGUCCAAAGCCUGAGAAAUUCGAAAGUGAUAUCCACAGUCAGUCCUAGGCCUUAUCCAGGUUCUGCUGCUAUGGAGAAGAAAGUUAUAUCAGUGAAAAAGAAAGAUACUGCUUCUUCAAAAAAUGAAAUGCCUUCCUUAAAGGAAAUUUAUGUUUCUAUGGAAGAGCAAGGUUUACGUCAUAAAAGAAACAUUGGAACCAGAAAUAGCAAGGAAGCACCUGACGGUUCAAGCAGUGGAGGAAAUAGAAGUAUCAGAAACCAUAAUAGGAGGGCUUCUCUACCGGGUGAGAAACAGACAAUGGGGCUGCAACAUGUUUCUUUGUCUUCCAAACACUUCAAUAAGAGAGACUCCAAUGUGAAUACCGGAAGCUCUUAUAACCUCAAGGGGUUGACUCAUCUGAAAGAUCAAAAUGAUCCCGGAAAAGUUGAACCUCAGCCUCCAAGUGAUAAAGAAACGCCAGAAAAGAUUUUGUAUGUCAUUGAAUCAAGUACUGAGAAUGGUACCAUGGAAUCAACUCCAAAUGGUGUUAGUGUUCCUGAGCCAUCACCAUCCUCAGCUGUAUCUGUUGAAGGCAAAGGCAAAAGCUUGAAGCAUGCAAGGAAGGGAACUGGCAGAACUGGAUCCUCUCCAUCCUCUGAGAAGAAAAACUUGAAACGUGUUGUUAAUGGAGCUGAUUCUCGAUUAGCUGGUCCUUUAGAUCGGGAUAACAAGGGGUUGAGAAGAACUCGACGUGGUACUCCAGCAUCUUUAUCUCCAUCGUCAUCCUUAUCAUCCAUGUCCAUAUAUUCAUCUGACUCCACUCAACAUAAAGAAAAUGGUGCCCACUCUCAGCAUGAUAGAAGUAAAAAUGUGAAGCCAAUAGGAAAGUCGAAGGUGCAGCACAAGACUACUCCUCGGAGGGCUGCAAUUGUUGGCUCUGGAAACAAAAACAGUGUAUCCCGGAAGCUGACAUUUCAGAGAGGUAGGGUGAUUGAACUUCAGCCUGAGAACAAUACUCCAAGGAGACUCAAAUUCAGGCGAGUAAGAUCGGCAAUGGAGGUUCCAAACAGUAAAGGCAGUAUCACAAGUGGAAGAAUUGGGAGGAAGGAAGUUGAUGACAUCCAGUCAACUGGUGCUGGUAUCAUCAAAAAGGGAAGCAAUGUGAGGAAGGAAGUUGGUAACAGACAGUCAAGUGGUGCUGGUAUCAAAACGGUAAGCAUUGUGAGGAAGGAAGUUGGUGAUACCCAGUCAAGUGGUGUUGCUAUCAAAAGGGGAAUCAUUGGGAGGAAGGAAGUUUAUGACAAUCAGACAAAUGGUGCUAAACUCAAAUCCGAGAAAGUUGUUCUGAGAAACCAAGAACAAGUUGAAGUUUCCUCAAGGAAGAGCUUAACGAGGAAGGGGGUUGCUGUUGGUCUUUUGAAUGGCAUCAGAAGCAAUCCUGAGAAAGUGGUUUUGAGACACCAAGAUGUAAAAGGAAAGAAAGGUGAUCAGAAAUUGUUCAACAAUGUGAUUGAAGAGACGGCCAGCAAGCUUGUCGAAACUAGGAAGAGUAAAGUCAAGGCCUUGGUUGGUGCUUUUGAGACUGUGAUCUCUCUUCAGGACACCAGACCAGCGGCAGCGGCAGAUGCAUGUUGAUUUUAUCAAAUACAUAUAGCUUUUCUGUACAUGUUUGAAAAGAAAAAGAAAAAAGAAAAAUAAAAGAAAGUGAUGAACAUAGUAGUUUUGGAGGUGACAUGGGAUAGGAGUCACAAGAAUCUGUGGAGGUGUAGAGGCAUAGAUGGAUGGAAACAGUCAAGGUGAGAAAGUUGUCUGAGUUGGGAUGUUAUCUAUUGGUUUGCCUAAAGGGUGGAGUGUAUUGUUAUAUUCUAUAUGUAUUUUCUAAUUUUGUUGGUGUAGUUUUUGCUUACGGAAGGCCGGAUCUGUGCUUGUGAAAGAAGAGUUACAAAGCUUGAUUCUUGAAAA